GGCGGCGGGGCCGCGGUGGGGGGGAAAAGCCCCGGGAUCUGCCAGAGCCAGAGUGCUGCGUUGGGGAAGCCACCACUGCCAUGCUGGAGGCCCCUGGGUGGUCUGUGUGCAGAGCAGAGCACGAUGCCUUUCCUGCACGGCUUCCGCAGGAUCAUCUUCGAGUAUCAGCCCCUGGUAGAUGAGCUCUUGGGGCUGCUGGUGAUACCAGACACGGGACAGCAGAGCACCCUUGAGAGCCCUGCCUGUCUGGGCAGUGACAGGAGCCAGCUCUCAGCUGUGAGACGAGUCUUGGAGAGGGAGACCCACUCCCCAUUCUAUCAGGAAGGUGUGAGCUAUGCCCUGCUGAAGGUCACUGAGCUGGGGCUUGUCCCUGCUGCAGAAAUCCUCCUGGAAUUUGGAGCUGACCUCAGCUUUGAAGACCCAGUCACCUACUACACCCCUCUGCACAUUGCAGUGCUGCGCAACCAGCCGGGGGUGGUGGAGCUCCUGGUGCAGCACGGCGCCGACAUCAACCGCAGAGACCGGAUCCAUGAGAGCAGUCCCCUGGAUCUGGCCAGCGAGGAGCCCGAGCGGUUGCCGUGUCUCCAGCGGCUGCUCCAGCUGGGGGCCGAUGUCAAUGCAGCGGACAAGAACGGGAAGACAGCACUGCUGCAUGCCCUGGCCAGCAGCGACGGGGUCCAGAUCCACAACACCGAGAGCAUCCGUCUCCUGUUGGAAGGAGGUGCAGAUGUCAGGGCCACCACUAAAGAUGGUGACACUGUCUUCACCUACAUUAUCUUCCUGCUGGGAGAGACAGCAUGCAGCAGCACCGAGGAGGCUCAGGUCAUCAACCGCUUCUGCUUCCGUGUCACACAACUGCUGCUGGCCCACGGGGCCAACCCCAGCGAGUGCCCAGCCCCCGAGUCCCUCACCCACCUCUGCUUCAAGAGCUUCAAACGCCACUUCCCGCUGCUGCGCUUCCUGCUGGAGUCAGGUGCUGCCUACAACUGCUCCCUCCACGGGCCCUCGUGCUGGUCAGGCUUCCACAUCGUCUUUGAAUGCCUCUGCUCCCACCUCAGCGUCUCUGAAGAUGACAGCUUCUCUACAGACCUCAUGCAGAAAGGUCAGACUCUGCUGGAGCUCAUGAUGGCCAGUUCACAAGCCAUCCAGCUGCCCAGCAACUUUGAAGUCAACACCAGCAGCUGUAGGUACCACGGGGAGAAGGUCAGGACUCUGUUCUGCUCUCUGAAGCAGCUGGAGCGCUCCCCACAGCCACUCAAACACCUCUGCAGGGUGUUUAUCCGGCAGCGCCUUAAACCCUGGCCAGUAGAUGUCAAAAUCAAGGCUCUGCCUCUUCCAGACAGGCUGAAGUGGUACCUCCUCAUUGACCACACUGCUGCUGGGCACGAGGACCUCUGAGCCUUGACUCUUGCCUCUCUGGCUGUCUCCUCCCUGCUCGACCUGUGCCUACAGCCACUAAAUCUCUGCUCUGGGUCAGUUGUUUUGCUGCAACAAGAGGUUUUUCUGCUUGUCCGUGUGCCCACAACUUGGUCAGUGCUGCCCAUGCUCUGGGCUUGUUUUGGGGGGUGGGAUAUGCUUUUUUGGGCAUGAUCAUGUGAAUGUGUGUGGAAGCCUCGUUGCUCUGGGGCAUGUUGUGGGGAGGUGGCAGAGCCCUGUGGCUCCCUGGGGGUGGGGAGAGCCCCUGAGGGUCAGGGAGCUGUGUUCUGGGGCAGAGGGCUGGUUUAUGUGGAUUUUAAGGUAGUGCUGUCCCCUCUUUUUCCAGCCCUGCUGGGCCUGGGAUGGGUGAAGCAGAGCCUUAGGCAAGGGGUGGAGUUGUGAGAUGCCUCAGGGUGCUGGGAGGUGUUCCCUGUGCCAGGAGCAUGGGCAUCCUUGUCCUGGUUUCUUGCUUCUUGUCCCAGUGGGUGGUGGAGGUAGUCUGGCAUCUCCUUGGGGAUGUGGAGGCCUUCCUCACUCACUUCCAGAGCUUCUGGAAGCAGGAGUGGGGUGGGGGUGAGGGGAAGCAGGGCUGGCAGCGCUGGCUAGCUGCUCAACACCCUCAGUUUGUGCUCGGAGUACCCCAUCCUCCCAGCACAGAGCUGCUGAGCUCCAAAAUAAACCAACAAACGGGUGUGUUUUGGCUUCGUGGUGUGUUCCCUGUGCAAGGAUGAGUGCCUUGUGCCUCCCUCCUUGGUUCCUUGACUACUUCCCUUGCUACCUGCUCCAAGGAUUCCUUCCCAGGAACAGGAAAUUGCAGCAGCACUUGGGGUUUCCCUUUCCAGCCUGCCCACUCUGGAGCUGCAUGUGGGGGCCCUGUGUACCAGCUGUGUCUCCCCCUUUUCCUUCCUCCUGACGUGCCAAGAUUGGGCACAGAGCUGAGCCUCCCAUGCUUUUGUUGGUUUGGCUUUUUUGUUGGUCAUGGGGGACAAACAGGGAAGGAGAAUCUGUUCUGAGGAGGUACAAGUUGAGAGCAGGUGGAUCUGGGAUCCACUGACAAGUUGGCUGCAGAAGGGUUCUGUGCCCCCAGUGCCUUCCUGGCAGCACCUGAGUUCUGCCUUCUCCCACCCUCAUGGAACUGGAGCUGGGCAUCUUCAUGGUAUUUGAAAAGAAGUUGGUGUCUGGAAUGGGAAAUGAGCAAUUAAAUGAGGCCUUUUAUAAUAAGGACAA